AUGUCAAGAGCCAUGGGCACUAGUAUAGUAGACGUAAAUAAAAACACGGAGCUACCCCCAAUCCAAGCUUUGUUUGAGUCGCUGAACAUGGAAAAUGAAUUGAAUGCAAAGGCAAACUUCGAGGAGCGCCGGUUAUACCAAACUAGCCCUUUGUUUAUUCCUCGAACAAACAGCACAGCUGGUUGUCAAGUUAACCCAGUUCCAGUAGCAUCCCCUGUGUUUUUUAUUGGUCACUCUCCAAUGACGAUUGGCCAAAACAACAACGCUGCUCUUAAUCAGAGCGUACAUUCAUUUCCGGUUUUAUACAAAACUCCGGAUAUUGCGUCCAACGGCGAAAGAGACUAUAUAAUUGCUGUUGGAGCACCUCCUACAUCUUCGAUGGCUGAGUAUGAGCAUCUGCCCGUCUAUAAUCAUUACCAAGAUCAGAGGCAAGGUCAAGCCUACCCUGUAAACUCAAACCACACAGUGAUAGGCAGCUAUGCGAUGCCUCAGCCUGUUGGGAUUUCCAGUAAUAAGGUAUUUUCUAGUAGCACAAAUAGAAAAAUAGCUACCAGGCCCAAUACUAAACCAUCAGUAAAGGAAAAAAGAAACAAGGGCCACGGGAAAAGAUCAAAUUUACCUGGAGCUACCGUUCAUAUUUUAAAUAAAUGGUUACUAGAGCACAUAAACAACCCAUAUCCAACCCUUCAGGAGAAAAGAGAACUCUUAGCGCAAACAGGUCUCACUAAACUCCAAAUUUCAAACUGGUUUAUCAACGCUAGAAGAAGAAAGGUCUUCUCUGGCCAAAAUGAUAUAAAUUGUUUCAAAAGGAAGUUUAGCUCUCCUUAA